UGCUUGGAGAAGAGAAAAAUGGUUCAUAGUGUUCUAAUUUGCUUAAGAAAAAUAUACUUUUAUGCCAUGGAAGGAUAAAUCUCUUGACAAAGAACAGUUCAGUAUGUCCUACCUUCAAGCAGCAUCGAAUCUGGAAGAAUUGGCUUGGGACAAAAACUGAUAGCCUUGCAAAAGGGCAGAACUCUAGUUUAAUGUCAGAAGCCUAAGAGACUAGAGGUGCAUGAAAGCUAACUUGUCCUCACCAUGCCAGCUUGAAGAAUCUGAGGUAUAAGCAGCUGAGGACAACACUUCUUGCAGUGCAGAGAUGGAAAACAACAUAAUUACUGUUGCUUGUGAAGAACUUGAAGAGCUAAGAGAAGCAUUCAGUAAAAUAGAUAUUGACAAUAGUGGGUAUGUCAGUGAUUAUGAGCUUCAAGACCUGUUUAAAGAAGCAAGUCUGCCCUUGCCUGGUUACAAAGUCCGGGAGAUUGUAGAAAAAGUCAUUGUGGUGACAGACAGCAACAAGGAUGGAAAAAUCAACUUUGAAGAAUUUGUCUCUAUAAUUCAGGAAUUGAAGAGUAAAGAUGUCAGCAAAUCUUUCCGAAAAUCAAUAAACAAAAAGCAAGGUAUUACAGCAAUUGGAGGUACAUCAGCUAUAUCUAGUGAGGGAACACAGCACUCUUAUUCAGAGGAAGAAAAAGUUGCUUUUGUUAAUUGGAUAAAUAAAGCUCUACAAGAUGACCCAGACUGUAAGCACCUCCUACCUAUGAACCCAUCAGAUGCUAGUCUUUUUAAAUCCCUUGCAGAUGGCAUUCUUCUUUGCAAAAUGAUCAACUUUUCACAACCAAAUACAAUUGAUGAAAGGGCUAUUAAUAAGAAGAAACUCACUUCUUUCACUGUUUCUGAAAACCUAAACCUGGCUCUGAACUCAGCAUCUGCUAUUGGCUGUACUGUUGUCAAUAUUGGAUCACAAGAUUUGAAAGAAGGAAAACCACACUUGGUAUUGGGACUCUUGUGGCAGAUCAUUAAAGUUGGUCUCUUUGCUGAUAUUGAGAUCUCCAGAAAUGAAGCUCUUAUUGCCUUGCUAAAUGAAAGGGAAGAGCUAGAUCAGUUAAUGAAGCUUUCCCCAGAAGAGCUCUUGCUACGUUGGGUGAACUACCACAUGGCCAAUGCAGGGUGGCUGAAAAUCAGUAACUUCAGCCAAGACAUUAAGGAUUCAAGAGUAUAUUACCAUCUGUUAAAUCAGAUUGCACCCAAAGGAGACGACCUUGAUCAGUCACCCAUUAAAAUUGACUUUUCAGGAUUUCACGAUAAAAAUGACUUGAGGAGGGCUGAACAAAUGCUCCAACAGGCAGAUAAAUUGAAUUGCAGACAGUUUGUAACUCCAGCUGAUGUGGUUGCAGGCAACCCUAAACUCAAUUUGGCUUUUGUUGCAAACCUCUUUAACACAUAUCCAGCCCUACACAAGCCUGAUAAUUCAUCUUACGAUCUCAGUUUAUUAGAAGGAAUGGUGAGAAUCAGGGGUGCUGCACUCGGGAGAAUCAUCAGCAAUGUUCACACAUUCCUCUGCACUGCCUACUCCUGCCUUCCUCUUAUUGUUCCUAUCAGGUUUCCUUUCCAUCUAGAUUUGACCCCUCCUAAUGUAGGAGAAAGUAAGGAAGAAAGGACUUUCAGGAACUGGAUGAACUCCCUGGGUGUAAGCCCUUAUGUUAAUCAUUUAUACAGUGACCUCUCUGAUGCUUUAAUAAUCUUCCAACUGUAUGACAUGAUUCGUGUGCCGGUUGACUGGAACCACAUCAACAAACCUCCUUAUCCACUACUGGGUGGCAAUAUGAAAAAGAUUGAGAAUUGCAAUUAUGCAGUGGAACUUGGGAAAACAAAAGCCAGAUUCUCCCUGGUUGGUAUUGCUGGACAUGACCUAAAUGAGGGUAAUCCAACUCUGACGUUGGCUUUGAUAUGGCAGCUGAUGAGAAGGUACACUUUGAAUGUAUUAUCAGACCUUGGAGAGGGGGAAAAAGUAAAUGAUGAAAUUAUUAUGAAGUGGGUGAAUCAGUCACUUGCAAAAGCAAAUAAGAAAACUUCAAUUACAAGUUUCAAGGACAAAUCAAUUAGCACUAGUUUACCUGUACUAGAUUUAAUAGAUGCCAUUGCACCAAAAGCAGUUCGUCCAGAAAUGGUCAAGAGAGAAGAUCUUUCUUAUGAAGAUAAACUGAAUAACGCUAAAUAUGCCAUUUCAGUUGCUCGGAAGAUUGGUGCUCGUAUAUAUGCGCUCCCAGAUGAUCUGGUUGAAGUGAAGCCAAAAAUGGUGAUGACAGUGUUUGCGUGUUUGAUGGGAAGAGGACUGAACAAAAUCAAGUAAUGAAAACAUGGAAUAGAACUUUCUGCCAUGCUAAGCACAAUGAAUGCCUCACCGUUUACAGAGUUCUGAAGCUGAGUAUGUGAAAAUGUGUAUGCACAAAUGUACUCAUUGUAAACAUGAUUAGAAUGUACUUAUUAGUUAAAUUUUUAUUCAGUUUCAUAACACCUUGAACACUUAUGGAUAAUCCUGUUUUCAGAAUGUGUUCAUUACCAAAUUACCAUCACAGGUUUGCAUUGUUUUAAACAAACAAAAAAAACCCCACCCACAGCAUAUUAAUCAAGCUUCAUUUAUAGUCGUUUCUGUAGGAUUGUGAGGAUCUGCAUCAUUUUACAUGUGUUAUUUCAAGACCUAUUGUGAAACAUUGUUUGAUUCCUAUGGGUGUCAUUUACAUACCUUCAUCCAAGUCUCAAGGUGCAUUCCAACCCUGUUGCAUUACUCCUAACUGCACAGAAGGUAUUGUCUUUGCCUUAC